UCAAGAAAAAUGUUUCUUGGAUUCGUUACAAUCGCAGCUAUAACCGCCAGUUUUUCCGCCGUUAUAAGACAAGCAGAAGCUGUGUGCUGCUAUCCGGCUAUUACAAAUUACUGUGGAGACUGCAGUCCUGUGUGGUAUGGCUGUGGAGUUGGGAAAUGUGAUAAGUUAAUGUGUAACUGUCGAGGAGGCUGCAGAUCCGGUUGCUCUAAUAUAAGGAUUGUAGGAUAUAAGCCACCAACGUGCACUUGCGACCGCAAGAGAUCUGCAGGCGUGGAUUACAGCAUUGACGCUAGUGAAGUAUUCAGUAACACUGAUACAGACAGAAACGAGCAGCUGUCCAGAGAUGAAUACAUUCGAGCUGCAAUGAACUUGAACAGGAACACACGAUCUGAGGACAUCCAUGCUGAAUUUAAGGAGAAAGACAAAAAUGGCGACGACAUGAUCAGUUGGGAUGAAUUUGAAACAAAAAGUGAAUGAAACUGUAAAAAAUCACUUGCUGUUAAAAAUAUUGUAUUGGUUUCAUGUAGGCCUUCAAAGAUAAAUCCAGCUGAGUUUGAAAAGCAUCAGCAAAUGAUUUUUAUGUUUUUAUUAUCUUUGAAAGGAAAGAAAAGAACAAACAUUUUCUCCCCGUAAAUUAUAAUGUGUUGUCAUCAUGGAGGCGUACAAAGAAAAAUAAUCGAAUUUGAA